GCACGCGGGCCGGAGGAGGGGCGGACCCGCCUGCUCCGCCCGCCCGCUCCGAGCCAAGCCGAGUCGAGCGGCCCGGGCUGGGCGCGACCCCGGCCCGCGGCGGCGCAGAAAGCGGGCAGAGGCGUGGGCCAUGUUGCGGCUGGCGUCCGCCGGGGCCAGAGCCAUCGUGGACAUGUCGUACGCUCGCCACUUCCUGGACUUCCAGGGCUCCAACAUCCCCCGCGCCAUGCAGAAGCUGGUGGUGACCCGGCUGAGCCCCAACUUCCGCGAGGCCGUCACCCUGCUCCGGGACUGCCCGGUGCCUCUCCCCGGGGACGGAGACCUCCUCGUCCGGAACCGAUUUGUCGGUGUCAAUGCAUCUGACAUCAACUAUUCCGCAGGCCGAUAGGACCCUUCAGUCAAGACCCCCUUUGAUGUAGGUUUUGAAGGUGUGGGAGAGGUGGUAGCCUUAGGCCUGUCAGCCAGUGCCAGCUAUACCGUUGGCCAAGCGGUGGCUUACAUGGCCCCCGGCUCCUUCGCUGAGUACACAGUGGUGCCUGCCCGAGCUGCAGCUCCCGUGGCCUCCGUGCAGCCUGAGUAUGUCUCCCUGCCAGUGAGUGCUACCACUGCAUACAUCAGCCUGAAUGAGCUUGGAGGGCUGUCAGAAGGGGCAAAAGUUUUGGUGACAGCGGCAGCUGGGGGGACAGGCCAGUUCGCCGUGCAGUUUGCAAAGAAGGCCAAGUGCCAUGUAAUCGGCACCUGCUCUUCCGAUAAAAAAUCCGCUUUUCUGAAAUCCAUUGGCUGCGAUCGUCCCAUCAACUAUAAGACCGAGCCUGUGAGCACUGUCUUGAAGCAGGAGUACCCCAAAGGUGUGGAUGUGGUCUACGAAUCCAUCGGGGGCGCCAUGUUCGACUUGGCCCUGGAUGCCUUGGCUGUCAAGGGGCGUCUGAUAGUCAUUGGCUUCGUCUCUGGCUACCAGACUCCUACCGGCCUUUCUCCUGUGAAAGCAGGGACAUUACCGGCCAAACUGCUGAAGAAAUCUGCCAGUGUCCACGGCUUCUUCUUGAACCAUUCCCUUUCUAAGUAUCAAGCAGCCAUGGACCACUUGCUUAAGAUGUACGCGGCUGGAGACCUGGUCUGCGAGGUAGACCUUGGAGAUCGGUCUGCAGAAGGCAGGUUUAUUGGCCUGGAGUCUGUAUUCCGGGCUGUUGAUUAUAUGUACAUGGGAAAAAACACUGGAAAAAUUGUAGUUGAAUUACCUCGCUCUGUCAACAGUAAGCUCUAAAAAACAGAACAAUGACAUAAAUCCAAGGAGAAAGAAAAUGGGCACUUUACUCUUCAGAAUUACUCAAAUCAAGUUAUUUGUAGAUGGCUAAUGGGUAUGAUAUUUCUUAAACAAAAGUCAGGAGUUAAUGAAUAAGUUUCUCUUUAUUUCGUUUCUCUCUCUCUCUCUCUCUCUCUCUCUGUCUCUUUUUUUUUUUGCCCCUCCCUUGAAAAAAAUACUAAUAAAAACUUCUCUUGAUGGCUCAGAGGUAAAACCGUUAUAUUCAGUUCUUUGGUCCUGCACCGUCUCAUUCCAGAUUUUAUUGUUCCAGAGAAUUAAAUUAAUUCCUGAUGCAAGAUCUGAUCAAAUCAGUAUGUCUUCAGCUUGAUGAGAUUUUAAAAUCAGUCUUAAAAAUAGUCCACAAAUUCUUUACUUUGGGAAAGUUUGGUCUUAGGCUAAUGAGCAGUUAAUAAAUGAGAGAGAGAACAGAAAGGCUGCCAUAUAUUUUCAGAGUCCAUAUUCCCAGGAAAUGGCCCUCCCUGCCUUUUCUUCAAAUUACCAACUAUCUAAAUAAUAAUUAAGAGGAAUUCUCCCAAAACCUUGAUUUUGUUAGGUCAUUAGAAAAAUGACUAUUUGAACACAGACCUAUUUUUUUCAAAGUGUCUAUUAUUUAAUGCUUUAUGCCCGAUUAUCCCAGUGAGGCCUGUGUGGAACCCAAAGUUUGUCUCUGCCCUUAAGAAGCAAAUUAGUGUUGAAAACCGGUAAGACAAAAGCAGGCUUUAGGAAGGGGUACUACAGAGAUGGGGGGUGCUUUAAAAACUUCGGACCUGCCCCGGGAAGGGAGCGGUUGUGCUGCGUCCACAUCCACGGGGAGGGUCUGCCUAACAAAGGGGCAGCGGUCUUUAGGCAUACAGCCAGACAUGACUAACAGCAGCCCUCCCUGCCUGAAGCAGGCUCUAGCAGACCGCGCUGUGCAGAGGAGGGCCUGACGCAAUGUAGAAUAACAAGACAUUCGCUUCAUGUUUCAGACUUUCGGACACAGUGUGUUUUCUCUCUGCUCUUGGAAACAGGCUAGCGCAUGUGGCACAGAACACUGUCCCCGUGUCCCCAUCCUACUUCCCCACGCGUUCUGUGGGAAUGAGCGGCUCCUCGUCUCCACUGCCCACUGCCCGGGGUCACAUGUGAGAGGCACGUCACGAGCCCCAUCUGGGGAAUCGCCGGCAGCCCACCCGCCCGCCUCCUCACCUUCAGCUCGCAGGGCUGCGGCUUCCAGCGCCUUCGAAGUCCCACCGUGCCUCUCUGGUGGGAGGCAGAGCCCACCCAAUUAUUUUUCAAAGCCCUGGGUUUCAGCGUCCCUAACCUGCUCCAUAAAUGGGAACGCAAUUAAAGAUGCUCCAGGAAACUUGGUGACCGCAUUUAAUUUUUCUCUCCUCCCAUCUUGAGGGGCGAGGAAAUCCCACCGCUGAACAGCGGUUAGUAUCUGUUUUACAAGAUUUACUCAUUUUCAGGUGCCUGACGUAGUGCUAGCAUGCAUGCACAACAAUACAAUUUAUAUGGUAAAUGGGACCGAAUAAUGGCUUCACUGAAUGUUAUGGCUGCGCUGAAGGGAGAUGUCACGGUAAAUAGCCACCAAAUUAUGGAUCGUGCCGCAGUGUCACAACCGCACUGAAGACAGAUAGCACUGGGGGCGAUCGCCACUGGGACGUCUGUGAGUUAUGAGGAAGGCGGGCGGCCUGGUGCGGGGCUUUUUGUGUCCUCGUUAGGGCAGGGGGUGCCGGGGCAGGGUGCGAGAGGAGCGGCCCAGCGUGGCGCUCGGGGGUCCUCUGUCCCUUUCCGACCCAGCAGCUCCGGCCCCAGGAAGGAGACUUUUCUGCCCGCUUCCAGCAGCGCCCGCACACGCGGGGCAGGGGACAGGUUCUGGGAAUGCUCAGUGCCCAGGAAGUGGCCGGCCGCGGGCGGACACUGCGAUGCAGCCGCGCCGUCCACGGAGGUGAUGCGAUUUCACGGGGUAUGUGUUGCUUCCCACGCAGAUAGAUGUGCGCGGUCUGAACCGGGCCGCCCCUCUCCCCCCACGGAGGCUCCAGGAGCAAGGACCCCGCCAGCUGAGCUGCUGCUUCGAACUGCAAGCAGCGGUUUCUGCCAGCAUGGAGCCCCCCCCUCAGGGCUGGCUCGGGCUUCUCCAGGGGCGCGGACACUCCCGGGCAGCAUGUCUUGGAUCCCUCACGUGGGAAGGUAAGUACUGCAUGGAGUACAGUUUGGGGGAACCAGUGUGUGCCUCAUAGGUCCUGAGCAGCACUGAGCCAAAAACACAGAGAUUCCAACAGCCCCCCAAAGCAAGAGUUUCCCUUGAAGGGCACUAUCUGACAGUGCCUUUCUGCCAACAUGAAAUUAAAAUAAUAAUUAAAACGCACCCUGCUGACUGGCGGUAGUACCAGUAGGAGAGAAGGAUUGCUGCUUAGAGCUCAGGAAAGGGUUCCAUACGAUCAUCAGCCACUGCCCUGCCUUGCCCUCUGCACCAGAGGGCUACACUCUCUCUUAGAAUGACUUGCACGGAUGAUGUCUUUGUCAGUGGGGAUGUAGGACCGUGUUCAGGGAUGCGAGGGCGUCCUGCAAAAUUCUGCCUCGCUGUCUGCCUGCCCCUGGGAGGGCGGUCAGCGCAUCCUUAGAGCUGGAAGGAUCCCGGGACACUCUCUGUGCCCCCAGAAGGAGAAGACCCCGUUGUCUUUUAAAUGGUAAAAUUUGGGAUUUAAGUGACCAUCUACUCCUACCCAUUGUAUAAAUUAAGAAACCAAAGCACAGGAAGGAUAGGUGCCUCGUCUAGGGUCGUAGAGUUCACUGGCCUCAGGAGUGAAGCCAGAACACAGGCAGGCGCCCGCCCAGGGCCCCAGACAGUCUUGGGCUUAGCUCCUUCGUGCUUUGCCAACGUCCCUCAGUAUGUGGCUGGUUAGAAGUAUUGCAGAAUCACAGCUGCCCUUUGUUGCAAAUCUUUUUGUGGGUGAGAUGACGACCAACCCACGAAGAAUAUCACGGUUCAGACCACGAAAGUGUGUUCACUCAGGACCCCCUUUAAUCGAGCAAAAGUCAUGGUUCCAAAUCAUUUGAUUCCGUGUCAUCUAAAUAUCACACCAGCUUCUGGGGGGAAAAGUACUCAGUGGAAUUAAUGGCUGAAUGCUCACAAUUUCAUUUUAAUGCUACAAGGAAGGUCUCUGUCCUAUCAAUGCAUUCUUGGAUGUCCAAUCAUGAA